AUGCAGUUGACAGGGAUAGUUUGGUCUUGGCUCAGCCUCCUUCAAGUCGCUGCCGCUGCUGCUGGUACCACUGCUGCCAAUCUCAGUGCCAUUUUCGACCAAAGUUCUUAUCAAUGGGACGUCAAUACGGUACUGGUGCUCCCCAACGACACCAGCUUUGCCAACCUAACGGAGAGAUGGACUCUCUUUGAUGCUCCGUCGUUCGCUGGAGCCAUCCGCCCCGCGACCGAGGCCGACGUGGCCCAGGUCGUACAGCUCGCCAGGCAGAACAAUUUGCCCUUCUUGGCGACUGGGGGCCGGCAUGGCUUCACCACCACUCUGGAAGCACUGGAUCAGGGCCUGGAGAUCGACCUGAGUCAACUCGAUACAGUGGAGGUUGAUGACACCAACGCUACAUUGACCAUUGGUGCCGGUGUUAUUGUAAAUGACAUCCUGGAUCCCAUAUACGAUGCCGGAUUCGAGAUGCGUAAGUUCACUUGUUCGUGUCCAGGAGUGUUGGGCAUAACCCUUGGAGGCGGCAUUGGUCGUUACACGGGGAAAUAUGGCCUGACAAUCGAUGCUCUGCUGUCGGUCAAUUUCGUCACGGCCGACGGGCGGCUGUUGCACGUCUCCAAUACUUCCUAUCCAGACCUGUUCUGGGCCAUCCGUGGUGCCGGCCACAAUUUUGGCAUCGUCACAUCUGCCACAUACCAGCUGCAAAGGAUCGCCGACAGCCCAGAAGACCGUGGAGAGGUCAUGCUUUUAGAUCUCUUGUUGCCGCCCAACAUGAGCUUGGCCUACUUUGAACUGGUCGAAUCUUACCAAGCCAACGGGUCACUGCCUGCAAAUCUGGCUCAAAUCACCUCUAUGGGCUGGGACACCACAACAAACCAGCCUCAUGUCUUGGGUGACUGGGUCUUCAUGGGUUCUGAAGAAGAGGGUCGGGAGUUGCUGGCUCCGGUAUACGCCCUGAACCCUACCACCAUCUCGACCACUAUGGUUCCCUGGAAUGAGAUCCUAUCGGCGCAGGGCUUUGGCGAGAUCAACGCAGCUCUUUGCCAAAAGAACCAGACGAUCGACUACUUUGGUGUCACUUUUCGCAACUACUCGGCCUCGACCUAUCAAACCGUAUUCGAGAAGCUGACAAACCUCUACAACACCAUCCCCGACACGCGUGGAAGUACGAUUCAGGUCGAGACGUUUUCCAACAUAGCACAAAACGCCGUUCCCCACAACAGCACGGCGUAUCCUUGGAGGGACGCCUUGGGUCAUGUUGCCUUCGUCUUCAACUGGGAAGACCCAAACAGCGGCGCGCAGGAGGCUGUGGCUGAUCUUGGCCCUGAACUUCGAGACAUACUCGUUGCGACAUCGGGGUACGACAGCCUCGCUUGCUACGUCAAUUAUGCGAACGGGGAUGAGUCGCCUGAGGCGUGGUACAGCCAAGAGAAACUGCCUCAACUGGUAGCUCUGAAGGCUGAGUGGGAUCCUGAUCAUGUCUUUUCCUACUACAAUCCUAUUCCCGCAUCGUACCCCUAGUAGCACUGUACACGGUCAACUUUAGCCUUGGCCAAGUAGACUAUGUGUUGUUGUAAUUAGUGUCUAUUUAAAUAAUAACAACUAAUCAUAUUUUAU